GUUGUGAAAAAAGACUAGGAGAGUGGAAAAAUGCAGGCUGUGAAGGACAAGCUGCAAGACAUGAACGAUAUGCGAAAGGCCAAAGCUGCAGCAAAGGAAGAAGAGAAGGCUGAAAAAGAUUUAGCAAAGGCCAGAAUGGAGGUUGCUCAUGAGGUAAGACUGGCGAAAGAGGCUGAAGCCGCAAUGGAGCUGCAUGUAGCCAGGGCCGGGGAGAAGGCGGAAAGAGAGGAAGCCAAGCAUGCCCCCAAGAAUCCAAAUGCCAGCGGCGCUGUCGACUCGACGGAGAAGGGUGCUAUGGCAUUUGGUCCAUCUUGCAAGCGGCCUCCUCGUACUAGCGGAUAAAUAUAUUUUUUAUUUCACUUAAAAUAGAUGGUAUUUUUAAUGAGUAAUGUUACUAAUACAUAAAUAUCAUACAAUUGAUUUAAAAAA